AUGGCGACUAUUGUGGUAGAAGCACUUCUUUCAGCUUCUUUGGAGCUGUUGUUGAAAAAAAUUGUUGCUGAAGAUUUCGUGGAUUUCAUUCGGAGUACCAAACUUGAUGUUGCACUGUUGGAAAAGCUGAACGUAACACUGCUGAGUCUACAAGCUGUACUUCAUGAUGCUGAGGAGAAGCAGAUCACCAACCCUGCUGUUAAGCAAUGGCUGGAUCUGUUGCGAGAUGCUGUCUUUGAAGCUGAUGAUUUGUUUGAUGAAAUCAACACCGAGGCUUUGCGGCGCAAAGUGGAAGGUGAGGAUGAAACCCAAACUGCUUCUACUAAGGUGCUCAAAAAACUCUCUUAUCAUUUCAAAAUGUUUAAUAGAAAGAUCAACUCUAAACUACAAAAGCUAGUUGAUAGAUUAGAAAAUUUGAGCAACCAAAAUCUUGGUUUCAAAGGUGCUUCCAGCAGUGUUUGGCAUGGAACUCCUACAAGCUCCGUUAUGGGGGAUGAAUAUGCUAUUUAUGGUAGAGAGGAAGACAAAAAGAAACUGAAAGAGUUUCUACUUGCAGAGGAUGUUAGUGACGGUCGAAGUAAAAUAGGAGUGAUUUCCAUUGUGGGGAUGGGAGGGCUAGGAAAAACAACACUAGCUAAACUCCUCUACAACGACCGUGAAGUGAAGGAGAAAUUUGAGGUGAGAGGGUGGGCACAUAUCUCAAAAGAUUUUGAUGUUGUCACCGUCACUAAAACCAUCCUUGAAUCUGUCACUUCAAAGAGAAAUGACACUGAUGCCUUGAAUAUUUUACAAGUGCAAUUGCAACAAAGUUUAAGAAGUAAAAAGUUUUUGCUUGUACUCGAUGACAUAUGGCAUGGAAAAUAUGUUGACUGCUGGAAUAGUUUGAUUGACAUAUUUAAUGUUGGGUUAAGGGAGAGUAAGGUCAUCAUCACAACAAGAAAUGAAAGAGUUGCAGCAACCAUGCAAACCUUUCUUCCAAUCUACAAACUCGAACCUCUGCAAAGAGAUGAUUGUUGGUCUUUGCUUGCCAAAUAUGCAUUUCCAACAAGUAACUACCAACAACGAUCCAAUCUAAAAAAAAUUGGCAGAGAAAUUGCCAAAAAAUGUGAUGGCUUGCCAUUAGCUGCAAUAGCAAUAGGGGGUCUUCUUCGCACCAAAUUCUCACAAGAUUAUUGGAAUGAUGUAUUAAAAAGUAAUAUUUGGGAAUUGACAAAUGAUGAGGUGCAACCAUCUCUGCUAUUGAGUUAUCGUUAUCUUCCUGCUCCUUUAAAAGGAUGCUUUGCUUACUGUUCAAUUUUUCCGAAGAACUCAAUCUUAGAGAAAAAUAUGGUAGUUCAGUUGUGGAUUGCAGAAGGUUUAGUACCUCAGCCCAAAAAUGAGAAAAGUUGGGAAAAAGUAGCCGAAGAAUACUUUGAUGAACUAGUGUCAAGGUGUCUGAUACGUAAAAGGUCCAUUGAUGAUCUGGAAGUAAGCUUUGAAAUGCAUGAUCUCGUCAAUGAUUUGGCUAUGAUAGUUUCAUCUCCGUAUUGUAUUAGGUUGGACGAACAGAAGCCACAUGAAAGAGUACGCCAUUUGUCAUACAAUAUAGGUGAAUAUGACUCAUACGAUAAAUUUGACCAUUUGCAAGGGUUAAAAAGUCUACGAACAAUCCUACCAUUGCCAUUGCAUCUACCAAGGUUCUCGUCUGACAAUUUUGUGUCGAGGAAGUUAGUUUAUGACUUGCUGCCACAAAUGAAACAGUUACAUGUGUUGUCUCUAUCAAAUUACAAGAAUAUCACUAAGUUGCCCAACUCUAUUGGAAAUUUAAUAUACCUGCGAUACUUAAAUCUCUCUCGCACUGGGAUUAGAAGGUUGCCUUCUGAAACAUGCAAGCUUUACAAUCUACAGACCUUAUUGUUGUCAUGCUGCGAUAGUCUCAUUGAAUUACCGAAAGACAUGGGGAAAUUAGUGAAUUUACGGCACCUUGACAUCAGAGGCACUCCAUUGUAUGAAAUUCCUGCACAAAUAUUAAAACUAGAAAAUCUACAAACCUUGUCUGACUUUGUUGUCAACUCUGAGGACGUCGGGUUGAAGAUUGCAGAUAUGGGAAAAUAUUCCCAUCUACAGGGGAGCCUUUUCAUCUCAAAGCUUCAAAAUGUAACUGACCCAUCCCAUGCUUUUCAAGCAAAUUUGAUGAUGAAAAAACAAAUUGACGAGUUGCAACUACAAUGGUCUUACACUACAAGUUCACAAUUACAACAAUGGUCUUGCACUACAAGUUCACAAUUACAAAGUGUUGUAUUAGAACAGUUGCGUCCAUCGACAAAUUUGAAGAAUCUCACCAUCACUGGCUAUGGUGGAAACAACUUUCCAAGUUGGUUGGGUGGUUCUUUAUUUUGCAACAUGGUGUGUUUGAAGAUUUCACACUGUGAUAAUUGUCCAAGGUUGCCACCCUUGGGGCAAUUAGGUAAUCUUAGGAAGCUCUUUAUUGACAAGAUGAAAUCAGUCAAGAGUAUUGGUAUUGAACUCUAUGGAAGUGGUUCUCCUUUGUUUCAACCAUUUCCUUUAUUGGAGACUCUUGAAUUUGAUACGAUGCUAGAGUGGAAAGAAUGGAAGUUGACAGGAGGUACAUCUACAGAGUUUCCUCGUCUAACAUGUCUGUCACUGCGAAAUUGUCCGAAACUCAAAGGAAACAUACCCCUUGGACAAUUAAGUAAUCUAAAAGAACUCCGUAUUGAAGGGAUGAACUCAGUAAAGACAUUUGGUAGUGAGUUCUAUGGAAGUAGUAAUUCUCCUUUGUUUCAACCAUUUCUCUCCUUGGAGACUCUACAGUUUAGGGAUAUGCAAGAGUGGGAGGAAUGGAAGCUAAUUGGAGGUACAUCUACAGAGUUUCCUAGUCUUUCACAUUUGUCACUAUAUGGAUGUCCGAAACUCAAAGGAAACAUACCCGGCAACCAUCCUAGUCUUACAAGUCUGUCACUUGAAUAUUGUCUCAAACUCAAAGGGAUGUCACCCAAGAACCUUCCUUCCCUAAGAGAACUUGACUUAAGAGAAUGCCCUCUAUUAAUGGAGUCAAGUCAUUCAGAUGAUAAAAGAAACAUUACAAUUACAAGCCCGUCAUCAGAUGUAUUCAGUGAAUUGAUGAUCAGUCUCAAUUCUCUUCGAAAGAUUACCUUAAAAGACAUUCCAUCUCUAACAUCCCUCCCGAGAGACAGUCUGCCAAAAACCUUACAAUCUCUCAUAAUAUGGAAUUGUGGUAAUUUGGAGUUCAUUCCUUAUGAAUUCUCUGACAGUUACAAAUCACUCGAGAAUUUGGAAAUAUCCAACAGUUGUAAUUCGAUGAUAUCGUUUACCUUGGGCUUUCUCCCUUUCCUCCAAACUCUACAUAUUUGUAACUGUAAAAGCCUAAAAUCCAUAUUAAUUGCAGAAGACACAUCACAGCAUAAUCUCUUGUUUCUUAGAACGGUCGAAAUAAGGAAAUGCGAUGAACUGGAGUCCGUUUCCCUGGGUGGAUUUCCCAUUCCUAGCCUCGUUCAUUUAACUGUGUGUGAGUGUAAGAAGCUUCGUUCGCUGCCAGAACCAACAAACACUCUUGGUAUCCUUCAAAAUGUGGAAAUUCGAGACCUUCCAAAUCUGCAAUAUUUUGCCAUAGAUGAUUUGCCUAUCAGUUUACGGGAACUCAGUGUAUACAAAGUUGGAGGAAUUUUGUGGAAUGCAACUUGGGAACGUCUUACAUCUCUUUCAGUGUUGAAUAUUACGGGGGAUGAUCAUGUGAAGGCGAUGAUGAAAAUGGAAGUUCCGUUGCUACCCACUUCUCUCGUUUCCUUAACGAUCUCUUUUGAAGAUAUAGAAUGCUUGGAUGGGAAGUGGCUUCAACAUCUCACCUCUCUCCAGGAACUUAAGAUUUCUGGUUCUCCCAAGCUCAAGUCAUUGCCAGAAAAGGGGAAGUUGCCUUCCUCUCUUAAAGUAUUGCGUAUCAUUGACUGCCCAUUGUUGGAAGAAAUUUGCCGAUGGAAAAGUGGGAAAGAGUGGCGUAAGAUUUCUCACAUUCCCUUCAUAUUUUUCGGCAGCAUUCCCUUCAUGGACAGUAUCAUAUCCUGGUGA